CCGUCAAAUCCUAUAGACAUGAAAUAUUCUAAAAUUCGAAGUAUUCUAUCUGGAGAAGAAUCUAUCAAGUUACAUUUGGAGUUUUUAUAUAGAAACAACCAUACCGAUUUGUUAAUACUGAAGAAUACUAAAGGUGCUCUUGAAUCACGAAAUUCCGUAUAUCAUUCCGCUGUUACGUUUGCAAAUGCCUUUAUGAAUGCUGGCACUACGAGCGAUGAGUUUCUCCGCCAGAAUAUGGAGUGGCUCGCAAGAGCAAGUAACUGGACAAAGUUUAGUGCCACGGCAGCUCUUGGCGUAAUCCAGAAGGGACAUCUCUCACAAGGUCUUGCUUUGUUAUCGCAAUAUUUGCCUCGAGAUGGCGUAAGUGUAAGCUCGUAUUCAGAAGGAGGUUCUCUAUUUGCUCUCGGUCUCAUUCAUGCAAAUCAUGGAGUGGGCGUUUUGGAUUAUCUGAAAAAUGCUUUGAAGAAUACAACUACGGAAGUUCUUCAACAUGGAGCAUGUUUGGGAUUAGGAGCUGCGGGCAUGGCGACUGGAAACGAUG